CUGAUGUUAUUUUGUCUACAUAUAGGCUGCCAUAACUUGAGUGACACAGCUGAUGAAAAGACGGCUGCUGACGAAUGUAAAGUGGAUGUGACUAAAAUAGAGGAAAAUGUUACCUGUACUUUUAAACCUAAUACAACAACAACAACACCAGUGCCGACAACAGCGUCCACAGCGCCAACAAUACCGCCAGCACCCAUGCCAGGAACAUGUGAGGCCUUUACAAACCAGCCGGCCUGCUGUGGACCAGAUGGUCUGAAACUAAAAUGUCUCUAUGUCAACUGUACCACAAAACAGGACUCCAAAGUAACUACACUGUGUCUUAAUUUUACCAGUAUGACAAGCAAGUGUCAACCAGCUAAAGUGAUUUGUAACAGCAGUGAGAGUAGUACCACAGUGGCACCAACAACAGAACCUACAACAUCAAACCCAACCACAACACCUAGUGCUCCAAAUUCAACUACAAAAGCCCCACCCCCCACGACUCUGGCUCCACACACAGGGACCACAGAGCACGGUCAGCACUUUGACGGUGCCUCCUUCAUCGGGGGGAUGAUUCUGAUGGCUGGCUUGUUUAUCAUUGGAUUUUUUGCCUUAAAGUUCUACCGAGCACGCAAGGAUAGGAGCUACCGCACGCUGUGAUUUUCAGCCAAUUAAAUCUGAUUUUGCCAUUUGCCUCUGAAUUCAGGAUGUGUCAACUAUUUAAUACAGUGGAAAUAUAGGUCUUAAGUUUUCAUAGUCAAAAUCAAUUUCAUUGUAUAAAUAAAAGUCUAUUUAAGAAUAACUGGUGCUCCCAUUAAAAUAGAAAUGCAUUAAGAAGCCAAAAUAGAAAUAAAGAAAGAAAAUCUAUAUUUUUACUGGAACCACUUGCUCAGCAUUGCACUAUAUAUUUUUAUAAUGCUCAGAUUUAUAAAAUUGUUUGAACUUUUAUGUAUAUUCUUUGGCAAACGGAUAUGCUUACUUUUUUCUUUUGGGUGUUUGGCAAUAGUAAGGGUAAGAUUUAAGAUAUGUUUACUCAUUGGAUUAGUUACUUGUGGAGUCGUGUGCUGUAGUUUAUAUAUAUAUAUAUAUCUGUUUUAAGCUCACCCAGUACACAAGAUAAUCUCAAAAACGUCCUUUUUUAAGCUGCAAAAGCUAAUUUUCUCGUCUAUGAAUGUUUGAUCUGAUAUUCAGUACUAAGUUUUUAUCUGAACUGGUUUUAACCUGUUUACUUUGACAGGAUUUAAAGUAAUGAAUGAUCUGAUUGGUCUUUAUGGACGGGAUUAAGUCAUGAUUGAUCUGAUUGGUUCAUAUGUUAUAGUUGAUCUGAUUGGUUAUAUGUAAUAAAAGAUCUGAUUGGUUUUAAAGGAUUUUGGUUAUUGUAUCUGACAUAAAGCAUUUGUAAAAACUGAUCUGAUUGGCUUUCCUUUUCUUCUUGGUUAGUAGUUGACAAGCAGUGCUUCAUACAUAAAAUGGGAAAUAUUUUACUUUGUUCAUCUAAAAUGUAUUUCUUUGUGAAAAAAUAAAAGAUCUUUUCCUUGUGUAACGUACAUUUUUUUCCAAUGAGACAUAUAAUUUCUUUCAAUCAAUGUACAUGUUUUAGUCAGAUUGUAUGUAGAUAGGUUCAUGUGUUUAUAAAGCAGAUUUCAAAUACACAACAGAAAACAUUUUUAUUGAAUAUUAUUAUAAUUGUUUUUAUUUGCAGUGCUUAUUGAGAAAAAAAAAUUAAAAUACAUUAUGCAACAGUUCAUAAUUAAAAUGCUUGCUAAAAUAUUUGCUGUUAAUUGAGAUGUAAUUUUUUUCUGCCAUAUAGUUUCUAUUUUAUAACUCUUGAUAUUUUUGAUGUGUGAUUUAUGAUUGUUGUGGGAGGAGGGUUGAAUUGGAGGGAAGGUCAGAACUAGUGACCGUAACAUAAAACUGCACGCCGCGGUCUGUUACUGAGUCAAACUGGUGAUAAUAUAACACAUUCCAUGUCAUCCCUGUUUUAUUGCCUUGUGUACAAAAUGUCAUCCAAUCAUUAUAGUCUACUAAAGUACAUGUAAAAGCUAAAAAUUAGCCUCCCUUGUGUAUGUGCAAAAAAUUACCCAGACAUUACUUUAAAAUAAUUUUUUCUUUUCAUACAGACUAAAAUUGUAUUGAUGUAAUUUCUGAUCUCUGAGUGUUGAUAGCUUGAGUUUUUGAUUAUGUCAUGUCAUUUUGACCAUGUUUGGGAAGUGUUGCGAGAUUGUGUGUUAACGAAGUUCAGUCGAUAGAUAUUAAUAUAUAUAAUAAUCAUGUAUACUUAGAAUUAAGUGCUAUGGGUUUAUUAUUCAAGUGCCUACAUUGCAUCACAUUUGUCAUUAUGGUCCUCAUUCUGUCAGAUUUGUUAUGUUAACUCUAUACCAUCAGGAAGUGUAGAAAAUCUGAAGAGAAAUGGUUCAGAUGAGAACAGUUUUUUGAGGAUUAUUUAUACAAACAUUUUCCAAAUUCUAGGUACUGCUA